GUACAGUGAUUUGAAAUCAAGCACAUUGUUGCGUUAUAGAGAAUAGCAAGUCCUUCUCGGAAAGUAAACCGUCACCAAAAUGAAAUGCUUCGUAGUUUUUGCUGUUGUUCUAGCCGUUGCUGUGGCUGCUCCCCCGCAGGACGACCGAGAUGCUCAAAUCACCAGAUACGAGAAUGACAACCUGGGACUCGAGGGAUACCGAUUCCAGUUCGACACAAGCAACCAGCUCCAACGCCAGGAGGAAGCUCAGCUGAAGAACUUUGGAGAAGAUGUUAGUGCUCUGGUCGUCCGAGGAUCGUAUUCCUACACCGGUCCGGACGGACAGGUUUACACCGUGAACUACAUUGCCGACGAAAAUGGAUUCCAGCCGGAAGCUGCCCACAUCCCGCGGGCAUGAAGAGGCUGAAUGGUUCGUCCUAGUCAAUUUUUUAGCACAGUGUGAUCGAGUAUGUUCCAUGAAUCCUAUUAAUAUUAUAUUGACAAAUAUAGUAUGUUUAUUAUAACAUGAAA